CCUCAGAAUGAAGAGAAGCGUAGCCUGGGUUUGGGCGGACAUGUUGGAUUUGACAGCCUCCCUGACCAACUGGUCAGUAAAUCGGUCACACAGGGAUUUUGUUUUAACAUUCUCUGUGUAGGGGAGACUGGUAUCGGCAAGUCAACGUUAAUGAACACUCUCUUCAACACCAUGUUUGAGAACGAAGAGGCAAGCCAUUAUCAGAAUGGUGUGUAUCUGCGGCCACGAACAUACGACCUGCAGGAAAGCAAUGUCCACCUCAAACUGACGAUUGUCGACACCGUCGGCUUCGGUGAUCAGAUCAACAAAGAGGAUAGUUACAAGCCCAUCGUUGACUACAUUGAUACUCAGUUUGAAAACUAUCUCCAGGAAGAGCUGAAGAUCAAGCGCUCACUGUUUAACUACCACGACACAAGGAUCCACAUCUGCCUUUAUUUCAUCGCCCCGACAGGACACUCCCUCAAGUCCCUGGACCUUGUCACUAUGAAAAAACUGGACAGCAAGGUCAACAUAAUUCCCAUCAUUGCCAAAGCGGACACAAUCUCAAAGAGUGAGCUCCACAAGUUCAAAAUUAAGAUUAUGAGUGAGCUGGUGAGCAACGGUGUCCAGAUAUAUCAGUUCCCAACGGACGAUGAAGCAGUCAGUGAGAUCAACUCCUCCAUGAACGCCCAUCUGCCCUUUGCUGUGGUUGGGAGCGUGGAAGAGGUCAAAGUGGGAAACAAGACAGUGAGGGCCAGACAGUACCCCUGGGGUGUUGUGCAAGUCGAGAAUGAGAGUCACUGCGACUUUGUAAAGCUCAGAGAGAUGCUGAUCAGGGUCAACAUGGAGGAUCUGAGGGAGCAGACCCACGCCCGCCACUAUGAGCUGUACCGACGCUGUAAGCUUGAGGAGAUGGGCUUCAAAGAUACAGAUCCCGACAGCCAGCCAUUCAGUCUACAAGAGACGUAUGAGGCCAAGAGGAAAGAGUUCUUGGGGGACCUGCAGCGUAAAGAGGAAGAGAUGCGACAAAUGUUUGUCAAUAAAGUAAAAGAGACAGAAGCGGAACUGAAAGAAAAGGAGAGAGAGCUGCACGACAAGUUCGAGCAGCUCAAGCGGAUGCACCAGGAGGAGAAGAGGAAGGUAGAGGAGAAGCGGAGAGACCUGGAGGAGGAGAUGAAUGCCUUCAACAGGAAGAAGGUGGCAGCCGAGACGCUCUCCUUAUCCCAGCCCCUCAAGAAAGACAAGGACAAGAAAAAUUAAUUUAUGGCCGCUGUAUACCCUCCCACAUACGACCAUGGAUUUGUCCUCCAUCACCAUAGCAACGACACCACCUGUAUUUGUUAUUUUUGUUUUGUUUUUUUGUUUUGACAUUCCAUCUUGACAUUGUGCACAUGGACCAAAGACACUGAGGAUGAUGAUGAUGAUCAUGAUGAAGCCACAGGGGAGAAAAGAGUGAAAGCUGGUGAGAGAUAAUGAGGAAAACAUUUUCACUUGCCAACAGUGGCCCUUCUCAUUUAUUCAGGAUCUUUCAUUCUAUGUUUCUUUUUAUUGGACACUUUAUAUAAAUAUAUAUGUUAUGCAUUUUGUUUUUCUAUGUUGUGAUUUAAAGAUUUUCUUGUUGUUUUUGUGUUUUGCCAUCAACCAUUCACACAGAAACAAGAGGUUCAAGCCCUUCAAACCUUUUGGUACUAAGGUAUAACACAGUGGGCAAGUCAUUUGAAACCGUUCAGUAUGUAUUUAAAAAAAACACGUAGGGUGUGCUUGAUUUUGAGGACUGACAUUUAAUUGAAUAUAUCUAUGAAAUCAAGCCUUUCCUAAAGUUUUUUUUUUUUUUUUUUUUUUAAAUACUGGAGCUGUUUGAAAUGUUGACCAGGUGUGGUUUGUCUGUUAACCUUUUUGUAAUCAUCAUUUAGAUUCAGAACAUUUCACAGUAGAAUAAGUUCCAAUAAUACCUUAAAAUAGUAUGUCAAGCAAUAAAACUGAGUACCUGCAUAUUGUGUAUAUAUCACUGCAUAUACAUAGGUACUGACGACCUAAAACUUAUUCUUAAGUCUUAAUAAAAUCGUAUGCAAUAUUCUGGUGCUGUUUCAUAUUAACUCAAUAAAUGUAUGUGAAUAUUUUCUAGAGUUUACCCAGUUUAAUAUGCAAAAUGUACUAGUUUUUGAAUAUGAUAUAAUUGUAACAAGCACAUAUGACUAUGUACAUUGUCCAUAAGUAAUGUAACUUUAUUGUAAACCAUGAGUGAAGCCAGUGUUGUGAAAGUGGAAACACACACACACAAACAUGAAGCCAGUAUAUAUACAAACACGGAGGAUUCAGGAAAACAUACAAGCCUCAGCUCGCUGUUGGAGAGUUUACAUUCAGAGAUGGAGAAUAGAGCAGCUGUAUUUACUGUCUGUCGUUGGAAAUAAAUGCAAACCCCUUCCCCUCUUU